GUUCUAAGUGAGCUCUAUGAGGGCAGGGACCAUGUGCCUGUUAUAAGUGAGCCCUAUGAGGGCAGAAACCGUGUGCCUGUUUUGGGCAUUGCUGGGCAGAGUUAUUGAAGUGACAGGGGAGGGGCAUGUCGCCGGGAUAGAAGGAGCCCAGCAGGUCACCUCCCUAUCUGCCUACAGCCUGUAUGCCACAAGUUGAGACGCUCCUGGACGGUGGAAGCCUCAGCCUGCCGGGCACCGACCCCCCCAUGUGCCAGGCGGGCCACCUUGAUGGACACCUCGGUGCUGCUGACGCUUGUGCUCGGCUUUAUCGUUUUUCCAUGGGUGAAUUCAGAAGGAAAUUCAACUGCCCGACCUGAAACAAGAAGUUUUCCAUGUCCUCAGUACGUAGAAAACUGCUCAGGAAUUUCUGAGCCAGCAAGAUGGAGAGGCCAUUUUUCCCGAUGUCCAAAGUCAUAUAAACAUUACUGUGUAAAGGGGAAAUGCCGUUUUGUAACAGUUUUGAAAGAGCCUGCCUGUGUAUGUGAACAGGGCUAUACCGGGUCGAGAUGUGAAAAAUUGGACCUAUUUUACUUGAAAGAAGACAGAGGACAACUUGUUGUGAUUGGCCUCAUUAUUGCAAUGGUGGCACUUAUUAUUGUCAUCAUUUCUAUUUGCAUUUGCUCCCAUCACUGCAGAAAAGCACAUAGAAGAAAAAUAAAAGGGAAGGAAAUGGAAAGCCUUAGUAAUGAUCCCACAGGGAAAAUGGAAGAAACACAUUUUGCCUAAAGGUUACAAUGAAGCUACAAUACCUGCAGGCAGGUUUCAUGCUGCUGUUACCCAAAAGAAUAAGCUGCACCAUUGAGAAACGAUGAAGGAAAUUGGAUGGCACAUUAAUAACAUUGGGACUGUAACACACAUUUUAUAUAACAUUUUAGCCCCUAAAAUCUUUUUCAAUACCUUCUGUAGUCUUCUAAUGCAGUAUUACUAAGUUCUCUGAUCUAUGAGAUAAAUUAAUGUAUUUCUAUAACAGCAUAGAUAAGAAUUUAUCUAUUUCAUUUAUAGGAGUACUCUAGAGAAAAACUAUUGUUUUCAAAUCAACUGGUGUUAGAAAGUUAUAUAGAUUUGUAUAUUACUA